AUGGAGGACACACCGAGCAUCGCGCGUUCGGGCGAGCGAGACGAUCGAUCGAACGCACCGUCAACGUCUGAAUGGGAUCGACAGGUUCGUGACGGCACCGACUCGACCAAAAAGCGCAAAACAUCAACCACGAGCGACGCUCGCGACGAAAAGCGACGACACCGCGGUCGUAAGCGGCCACCACCCCUGGGAAAGUGUUAUCGAUAUGGGAACUACGAUAGGUACUACGGAUAUCGCGUCGGGACGACGAUGGAGGACGCGCGCUUGGCAGCGCUUCGGGACGAGUGGUUCCGGGCGCGGGACGCGUGCGACGUCGGAUGCAACGACGGGUUGUUUUCGUUGUCGUUAGCGAGCGCGAUGAGGCCAAAAACGUUGACGUGCGUGGAUAUCGACGGGGAUUUGAUCGAGCGGGCGAAGCGGAGGUUGGACGGUUUACGCGCGGCGAGUACAGCGGGCGAAGCCGAAGAAGACGACCCGUUCGCGGGCGUCAAGUUCAUCGAGGCCAACGCGGUGACGCACGAUUUCGGUCGCGAACGCUUCGACGUCAUCUUAGCGCUGAGUCUUACAAAGUGGAUUCACUUAAACUUCGGCGACGACGGCGUGCGAGCGGUGUUCGCACGAUGUCGAGACGCACUUCGUCCCGGUGGUUCGCUCGUGCUCGAGCCGCAACCGUGGAAAUCGUACAAGAGUACGCUCCGGAAGAAAUACCGCGGCGUGGACGUCUUACCCAAUGAGUGCAAGGAGCGCUACGCCGCGAUCGCGUUCAAGCCCGACGCUUUCGAGUCCUACCUCUUGAGUCCCGAGGGCGGUUUCAUUUCGUGCGAGCGGCUUCGCGCCUUCGGCGACGCCGCGCGCGGAUUCGAUCGCGAUCUCUUACGAUUCAUCAAAAAGGCUUGA